GGCCGUUCAGUAGUUCGUGAGAAGCCAACGUGACCGUUUGUCGUCCAACGCAGCAAAGCAGCCAACCAAAAAAAAAAUAGUCGACUAACUGGAGUGCAAUUGUUGUAGCGUGUGCUAAGCAGAAAUUAAAGAAAAAAUAAAUUUUUUUCAAGAGUAAAAACUCAAAGCAGAAAUCUCAAGUGCUCGACGAGAUUUAGAAACGAAAUUGAAUUACUUCAACGGAAAUUACAUAAAACUUUUUUGUAGCUGAAGCUGCAGUCAGUAAAUUUGUUGUAACGUGUGUGCGCGUUGUGAUUUUCGCAGCAGAAAACGUAAGAAAAAACACGAAAAGUUGAAGACAGCAGAAAUUAAAAAUUAGAUAAAACUCUCUAAAAAGUUUUUUUGAACUCUUUUCUUUUUCGCACACCUCCCUCUCCCAUAGAGGUAGUAGAAAAGACAAGUCGAAAUUAAUAAAAGUCGCCAAAAAAGAAUACGAAAAAAAUACAAAAAAAAAUCUCAAAAAAUUACAAAAACAAAAAAAAGAACACCUGUCAAAUUCGAAAAACCGUUUUCUUCCUCUCAAGUGUCGUGUGAAAAAAUAAUGAUUAAAAGUUCUUCGUCAAUUAAAAAUUUGUGGUUGUCCAAAAGCUCCCAUUUAAAUGCCUUGCAACUCGUUAAUGGAUUUGUGAGUAAGCGUGCUAAAGCGACCGCUUUGAAUUUGGCCGAGAAUUUGGAUGAAUCGGCGGCGACGAAUGGCAACGGUCUUAACGGUGGCAGCAAAGGCGGCAAAGAUAGCAAAACAGAGGCAGCGUUGAAAGACAACAUUAACACUAACAACAAUAGCAACAACACUGGCGGCAGCGGCACCACCAAUUUAACGGAGGCGAAACAACAAACAUACUACAACAACACCGUGUGGUUAGAAGAUCGCACAAAGUAUGGACACACCGGCAAGGAGUUGCAAGAGAAAAUUGCCUCAGAGAAACGCUUACGCGCCGCACCAUUGUUAAAUCUAGUGUUUGCCAAUCGGAAAUUGUCCUUUUACGAUACCAGCCAUACUCCUGGCCGAGAUGACGGCAUACGCCUACAGAAGCGUUUCUUAUCGAUGCGACCUCAUCGCGAGCAGGAGCAACGCAAUGCCGAAGAUGUGCUCUUCGAUAUGUUCUACAAUGAGGAGACUGGUCUUAUUUCGAUGGGUAAAUUUCUGGCCGCCCUCAAGACGACCGGCAUUAGGCGCAGCGAUCCGCGUAUACGUGAAUUGAUGGAGAAUCUGAAGAAGGUGCAUAAGUUGUCGAAUUAUGAGACUGGUUCGUCGGCGGAGACGCAAAAUUUGAAUCGUGAAACAUUUAAGGCUGUUGUCGCUCAAAAUAUCGUCUUGAUUGCCAAAGCUUUCCGUCAACAAUUCAUCAUACCUGAUUUCGUGAGCUUCGUUAAGGAUGUCGAGGAUAUCUAUUGGAAGUGUAAGACGAACGCUGAUGGCGCCGUAGCCAAUUAUAUACCACAAUUGGCGCGCUACAGUUCCGAUUCGUGGGGUGUAAGCAUCUGUACGAUCGAUGGACAACGCUACUCCAUUGGCGAUGUGGAUAUACCGUUCACUUUGCAGAGUUGCAGCAAACCGUUGACGUACGCCAUUGCCUUGGAGAAGCUGGGACCGAAGGUGGUGCAUUCGUAUGUAGGCCAAGAGCCAAGUGGUCGCAAUUUCAACGAAUUGGUGUUGGAUCAUAACAACAAGCCACACAAUCCCAUGAUCAAUGCGGGCGCCAUCUUAACCUGUUCACUGCUACAGGCCUUGAUCAAACCCGAUAUGACGGCAGCUGAGAAAUUCGAUUACACAUUGCAGUGGUUCAAACGCCUGUCGGGCGGCGAGAAUAUCGGUUUCAAUAAUGCCGUGUUCCUAUCGGAACGCGAGGCAGCCGAUCGUAAUUAUGCUUUGGGCUUUUAUAUGCGCGAGAAUAAAUGCUAUCCGAAGCGUACGAAUCUCAAAGAGGUCAUGGACUUCUACUUCCAGUGCUGCUCCAUGGAGACCACCUGCGAAGCCAUGUCCGUGAUUGCCGCAACACUAGCUAACGGUGGCAUUUGCCCCACCACCGAAGAGAAAGUAUUGCGUCCCGAAGUUGUACGCGAUGUACUCUCCAUUAUGCAUUCGUGCGGUACAUACGAUUACUCCGGACAGUUCGCCUUCAAAGUUGGUCUACCCGCCAAAUCUGGUGUCUCCGGUGGCAUGAUGUUGGUCAUCCCAAAUGUGAUGGGCAUAUUCACAUGGUCACCACCGCUCGACAAGCUGGGCAACAGUGUGCGCGGUGUGCAAUUCUGUGAAGAAUUGGUGAGCGCCUUCAAUUUCCAUCGCUACGAUAAUCUCAAACAUGCAUCGGAUAAAAAGGAUCCACGCAAACAUCGUUACGAGACUAAAGGACUGUCAAUUGUGAAUUUGCUCUUCUCAGCGGCCAGCGGUGAUGUGACGGCAUUGCGGCGUCAUCGACUCUCCGGCAUGGAUAUCACAUUGGCCGAUUAUGAUGGCCGAACAGCGCUGCAUUUGGCCGCCUCCGAAGGUCAUUUGGACUGUGUGAAAUUCCUAUUGGAGCACUGUCAAGUGCCACAUAAUCCAAAGGAUCGUUGGGGUAAUUUGCCAAUUGAUGAGGCCGAGAAUUUCGGACAUCAUGCCAUUGUGGAAUACCUGAAAGAGUGGGCCGAGAAGGCUGAAGCGGCCGAAGCGCACACACCCGAAGCGGUUAUUAAAAAUACCGAAGCGGAUGAGGAAAUUAUUACUUCCACUCAGAGCGUUAGCUCCGACUACGAUCGCAGCGCCACUGCUAGUCCAAUACCGUCGGAUGCAGGCAGCAGCAGCGGUAUAGAUGAUAAUACCAAACCGGGUUUCUAAACUCAAUAUCACGCACACACAUACACACAUAUAUAGAGACUUAAAGCACAUCAUCCAAUCGCAUCACAAAUACAUACCUACUUAAGACAAUGAUUUGAUAUGAUUCCUGGAGAAUCUCUUACAUUUCGUCAUAUACCAAAAAGAGGAAAGGAAAAACAAAUAUCCGUUACGGUAGACACUGCAAAUCUUUUGUGUUGCAUUAUGCAUUAUUUUACAAAAAUUCAUUUAUUUACGAAACUUAAUUCUAGUUUAGUACUUUAGUUCGUAGUAUUAGGUCCUGAGCAUCUCACAACUACUAGAAUUGAGACGAAGAGUUUUCAAUUAUCUACUUAGCCGUUGUAACGGCAUAUAUAUACAUAUACUAUGUUUGUAAUGUAAUGCUAAAGUUAUUGACCCAUGAGUAUUUACAUGCGUAUUGCUUUUUAGUUUAUUCAAAUAUUCAAAUAUGCUCAGUGUAAUGAGCGUUUCGAGCGAGUGAAUUUUGGAGUGACAAAUUGAGUUGCGCUCGAUUGUGUGCGCAAUUUUGGAGCGCAAGUUGUGCGAAUAUGCAUAGAAUAAUGUUUUUGAAAGUAAUUGUGGAAAUGUUUUUGAGAAACUGCUGAAAAUGGAAGUCUUAAAUAUUGUAGAAGAAUUGUAAACAGUUUUUGUUAAAAUAUGCAUAUUUUCACUCAAUUUUUAUGUGAGUACUUACGACAGACUGUCUUAAAGUUUGACAAAUAAUGUAUACAUUAGUGAAGACACGGCUAAAGUUUCCUAUAAAUUAUAGUUGAAGAAUAUUGAUUUUAUGUACGAAAAAAUUACAAAAAUUUUCAAAUGAAAAAAUAUUGGAUUUUGUGGUUUUAAAUGUUUGAGUAUGAAAGGGAAAGCGAUUUUUUGGAGAAAAGUAUAAAAUUUUAUUACAAAAAAGUGAAAAAUUGAUUACCACGUGCAACAAGUUGAGUUAAGUUGAGCAAAAUUUUUCUGAUUUUUAUGUAAAAAAAAUGUACUGAGGAAAAUGAGAUUAAUACACUGGAAAAAUAUUUUGUUUUAUAAAAAAAACCAAAAAAAAAACUGUUUACCACGUUCAACAUGUUGAAUUUAAUUGAACAAAAAAAACUUGAUUUUUAUUAAAACAUUUUAUAAAAAAAAUAUUGGUAAUACACUGAGAAAAAUUAUUGUUUUCUUUUAAAACAAAAAAAAAUUAAAAAAUAAAUUCUGCAAAAUUAUGGAUACAAAAUAUUAUUGAAAAAAAAUUUAAAAAAUUUUGAAAUUUUAAGAAAAAAUUAAAAUAUUUUUUUAAUUCUUCUUCUUUUUUAUUUAUUUUUUAUUUUUUUUGAAACAUUUUGUUAAUAUUAAAUCUGCAAAUUAUGGUUAUAAAUAAUAAUUGAAAAAAAAAAAUCGAAUUUUUUAAACUUGAAAAAUAAAUUAAAAUUAACUGUUUGAGAAUUCAAAAAUUAAUUUUGCAAAUAAUGCUUAUAAAAAAUAAUUGAAAAAAAAAAUGAUUUUGUUUUUGAAAAUUGAAAAAAAAAUUAAUUAAAAAUAAUUUUAAAAUAAAAUAUGCGUAUAAAUUUAUUUUUUUUUUAAUUUUUCAAAACUUCAAAAUUUUUUAAAUUAAUUUCAUACAGUUCAACAUGUUGUACGUGUGUAAAAAUAAAUUCAAAAUAUUAAUAAAAUAAAAUGUGAAAGUUCUUAAAAAAGAAACAUCAGACAUUUGUUUUGCUUGUACUUGACUCUUUUAAAUAAAAUUUCAGCUAAAUUAGCUUACUUAAUUAGCAAAAAAAAUCUAAAUUAAAUUCUUUGAAAAAUACACUUGGAAAAUUAAAAAAAAAAUAUAUAUGAUUUAAUAUAAAGUACUUAAAACUUAAAAUUAACUAUUACAAAGCACUUAAAACCACAUUACGUCACAACAACACAAAAACAAAAAAUUUAAAAACAAAUGCGAAUGACAACGUAGACACCUAAAUAAACUACUUAAUGACAAUAAUAUUUGACUUGCUGCAUUUUAUGUAAAGUAAAAUGUAAAAAUUCUUAAAGAAAAACUAAACUGAACAAAAAAUAUUUGUGUACCGUUAAACAUUUGAAAAACAAAAAUAUUUAAAAACUUAUGACAAUUUUUAGCUAAAAUUAACGCACAUUUGCUUUGCUGACAUUGACAUUUCAAUUAUUUCUUUAUUUUUGCAGUUUUGCAUUAAGAAAUGAUGAUUUCAAAAGUAGCGAAUGCAAAAAGUAAUGAUUUAGAAAAAAAUUAUGCAUGCAAAUCGAAUGAUUACACUCACUAUCAAGCCAUAUUUAAAGGAAAUUGUAUAUUUGUCAAUUAUUGUAGAGCCAGUAAAUAAAUGUCCAAGUAACAAAAUGUUUAUAAAUUUAACAAAAAUCAAGCGAAAAAACAAUUUAAAAAAUAUAUAUGUACUUAUUUAUGUAUAAAUGUGUUUUGUAAUGGCAUCAGUUUGUAUACUUUUAGACGAUAAGUUUUCCAAAAAAAAAAAAAAAUAA